GCGGCCCCAUGGGAUGGAGGCUCGGGGCGGAACCGGGCGGGGCUCGGUGAGGGGACGGGACGCCGAGGCGCCGCAGACUUUGGAUCCGGCGGGCCCGGCCUUCGGGGCGGAGCAGCCGGGCCGGGCACCUGCGGCGGCGUCGGUGUCGGCGGCGCUGGGGGCCGGGCGCUCGGCGCGACCCCCGCGCGCGUGGUGGUGCACAGACCCGCAGAACAUGGCGCCGUGGACGUUCUGGCGCUGCUGUCAGCGCGGCGUGGGCUGGGUGCCGGUGCUCUUCAUCACCUUCGUGGUCGUCUGGUCCUACUACGCCUACGUGGUGGAGCUGUGCGUGUUUACUCUUUAUGAAAACGGAGAAUACGGAAAGGCCGUUGUUUACCUCGUGGCUUUCCAUCUGUUCUUUGUUAUGUUUGUAUGGUCCUAUUGGACGACAAUUUUCACGGCUCCCGCUUCCCCCUCCAAAGAGUUCUAUUUGCCCAAAUCUGACAAGGAACGGUAUGAAAAAGAAUUUAACCAAGAAAGACAACAAGAAAUUUUGAGAAGGGCAGCAAGGGACUUACCUAUCUACACUGCAUCAGCUACAAGGACGAUUCGAUAUUGUGAAAAAUGUCAGUUGAUCAAACCUGACCGAGCACACCACUGCUCAGCAUGUGACCGAUGUAUUCUUAAGAUGGAUCACCACUGUCCUUGGGUGAAUAACUGUGUAGGAUUUUCUAAUUACAAAUUCUUCCUGCUGUUUUUAUUUUAUUCCUUAUUAUAUUGCCUUUUUGUGGCUGCAACAGUUUUACAGUACUUUAUAAAAUUUUGGACGAAUGAACUUACACGUGCCAAGUUCCACAUCCUUUUUCUUUUCUUUGUGUCUACAAUGUUCUUCAUCAGUGUCCUGUCACUUUUCAGUUACCACUGCUGGCUGGUCGGAAAAAAUAGAACAACAAUAGAAUCAUUUCGUGCACCUACAUUUUCGUAUGGACCUGAUGGAAAUGGUUUUUCCCUUGGACACAGUAAAAACUGGAGACAAGUCUUUGGCGAUGAAAAGAAAUAUUGGUUGCUUCCAGUAUAUUCCAGUUUGGGUGAUGGUUGCAGUUUUCCAACUCGUCUUGUGGGGAUGGAUCCGGAACAAGCUACACACCAGAAUGAAUUUGCCAGAAGUAUUGGCUCAAAUCAACCCUUUCCUAUCAAACCACUUAGUGAAUCAAAAAAUCGGUUGUUGGACAGUGAAUCUCAGUGGAUGGAGAAUGGAUCUGAAGACUCUGUUGUCAGACCAGGGACAAAUAACCAUGUUACAGUGGCAAUAGAAAAUUGAGUACCACUUGUUCAUAACUAACCAUUUGAAUAAGAGCAAGGUUUAUAAGAACAUUAUGGAUUGAUAUUUUCAGUUUCAUUCACAAGAAAAUAAUCUGUGGGGUGAAACAACUGAAGUAUAAUAGAAGAUGUAUUUUUAAAAAAAAAAAGGAAGCCUUUGUGCAGAUUGCUGGACCCAUGGAGACUACUCCAGAGCAGGAAGAAUGCCUUAAUCUUAAUGCCUAUUUGUGCAACACUGAUUUGAAGCUACAAAAGUGACUUUAUUUUGGAAAUAACACUUGCCUGUUAUGAAAUGCUAUGAGUUAUCAAGUCACAUGUUAACAUGGCACAUGUAUUUUUUGAUACCAGGAUUGCAUUAUUAAAAUUGUUUCUUAGUAUUCAUACAAAUUUUCACUCCAGAAACACAAGCUAAAGUCUUGUCAGAAGUGAAGUGUUACCUAGUAGAAUGUCUGAAUGUGAAUAAUAAUAGGCCAUUAAGUGUUGCUUGUACUGUGUAUGGAAAGAAAAUAUUUGUUUUUUUAAUUGAAUGAUUGCUACUUUUUAAUUACUGUUUUCUACUUGUCAGCAUUUUUAAUAAAGUUUUGUAUUGUUGGCAAAAAUAACACUCAGAAGGUUUCAGAUAUAUAAAUAUAAUAAUUAAAGGCUUGGGACACUUUUGUAUAAUUCAUUGAAGUCCACAUUUUCAACACUAUUAUUUGAUAUGUUGCCCAAGACGAAACACAGCCAAUAUAAAAAAUAUUUUUGGUUCUCUCUGCUUUUAAAUAACUAUAUUAAACUUUUAUGAGUAAAUUUCUAUGAGCAAAGAAAGUCCUGGUACCUGUGCUAUGGAAAUCAGUUACAGUAGGAUUAUGUAGAAAUGGCCAGAAUAAAAGUAGAGAGAAAACAGGCUAUUGUGAGCUGUUAAAAAGUACUUUCAGCCCUGGGACAUAUGCAAUGGCAGAUCACAUAUCUUGCUUGAAUUUGGCACUCAGUUCAAUCCCUUGCCUCCCAAAAUAUUUUUUUCAGCUCUGAGGUGUGUAGAAUGUCAACUCAUGUUGAGUUUGCUUUCCAGUAUCAAUUUAGGUAUUGACUAAAAGUUACUUUGAAACUUAUAUAGUAAUAACUUUAAACAGUGACUUAAAACAUUUGAACAAGCGUAAGCUCCCCUAAGAAAUGGGUUUGAUCUUAAAUGCAAAAUGUUAAAUCGAUUUUUUUUCCUUUUGGUUUUUGGACCACGUCGGGUGGUACUCAGCAGUCAGCCCAUGUGAUGCCAGGAACAAAGGCGGGCCUCCUGCAUGCAGAGCAUGCACCCUAAACCACCAAGGACUCUUUGCUGCCUAGACAAGUUUCACCCUUUUCUCUUUGAAAUGCAGUAGGCAGCAGGAAUUAUUGCAUCCAUUCAUUCUAAAACAAAAUACAGAGAAGGCAGAAAUGUUACUCUGUACUGUGUUACUUGUUGUUUACCUAAAAAUAAAACUCUUGCUUCCAAUAGUAGAGAUAAAUCUAACCAGCAUAAGUUUCAAUAAUUAUAAUUUUCCAUGUAGUCGUCCCAGUUCAGUGGGAUAAGCUGUUACAAAUGAACUGUCUAGAUAACCUGUUACACUGUGUGAUUCCUCAUUUUUUUUCCACAGUAACCUUCUUCUUAAACUGGGGAGACAGAUGACUCAGGAAAGGGCUGAACAUGUGUUUUCCAUGCAGGAGCCCUUAGUUUGACUACCAGUCACCUCAUGGUCCCUCAGCCCCCAGCAACCCCUGAACACUAAGCCAGGAGUAGUCCCUAGAAUAAAGAACCUUGCUCUUCUGUCAUCUAGUAAAUAUUUUUGAAGCACCUCUGUACUAGGAAUACCUUUGAAUUUUGCAUGUAGCAUAAAUUUUUUAUCAGCCAUUCCAAGUGUGCAAUGUAACAUUUGUCUAAUUCCAUUGGUUAUUCUAAUUUUUAUUUUAUACAUAAGUAAGUAACUUUUCCCUUUUGAACCAAAAGAGUGAGCUAUCUUUGAAAAGAGGAAUUGGAAUACUAGAUUAUGGAUUCUUCACCUUUCACCUCUAUAGUCUUAACAAUCACAAAUCUAGAAAACUUCAGUGUGAGAGUUAAGCAGUAUCACUUAACCAGCCUUAAGAAGCACUUCAGUGCACAUUAUUACAAAGACACAGUGAGUACCGAAGCUUGGUUAAUCUCAGAAGUAUUCUACUCACUGUGAGCUUUCCUACUUAUGAUUAACAACUGAGGAGACAUCAUUUUUUCCUUUAAUUCAGGCAUUAUGUACAAUUAUGGCAUAUAAUCUUGUUCAGAUUUUAUAAUUUGUUAUAUAAUAGCAAAGUGAAUACCUUUCCAGAAACUUGUUAUUAAAGCCUUUUAGUUACUUUUUGUCUUUUAACCAACAUUUUGCCACAUUCUAAAGGUGAAUCUGGGUUUAUUCAUAUAUGUGAAUGAUCUUUUAGCAAAGUUGUACAAAUGGUAUGAGAAUCAGGGGAAGGCUACCUCUUUGGUAUUUGGUAUUGCUAAGUGCUAUCAGCUCUUUGAAGUGAAAAGGGCAAGAUGAAACCCUGUCAAAAUUUAUGAGAAUUCUCUUUAGUUCCUCAAACAUUUGGACAGUCAUGAUGAUAUGUGAGGGAAAUAAAUUUACUUGAAUAUUUAAUACCUAAGGCAUCUGACUAGUAUCACUAUGGCAAAGAGCAGCUGCAAUAUAGUAGUUAUUAAACAUGAAUAUGUUUACAAAGUUUAGUUUCAUCUUUAUAUAUGGAUGCUAUUUUAAAACCUUUUUACAGGGAACAGGGAUGCAACUUUGCUAGCGUGCUUACCUUGCAUGUGUGAGGCCCUGGGUUUGAUCCUCAGCACUGCAAAUAAAAUCUUUUUACAGUUAGUGCUUAUAAUCCAGUUACAUAAGCAACUUUAACUAUAGGACUGGUUUAAGUCAGAUAUGCAAUAUUUACUUGAAUUUAGUUUCUGUUGGAAAGCAGAUUUUGAUUGUUUACAAGAUUGUUUGAAAGUUGUCAGAUGUAAUUCCCAUUCACUAAUCUUUAAAGCAAAUGUAUUAAAGGGCUUAGUGUGGGUAUUUGCAUAUUUGGGAACUAAUGGGGCAGUGACUUAAAAAUAUGUUUCACCAACAUUUUGUUCUAGGACUAGUCUACUAUCAGUUAAAGUAUUUUUAAUGAGUCAAAUAAGAAAUUAUAAUAUUUUUGCAUGUAGCCAAAAUAAACAUUAUAUCUAAUAAUCUGGUACAGAUAAUAAUAUAAAUCUCAAAUCCAUGUUUAAUAUGAUCUGAAGUCUAUUUUCCAAUUUGAUUAAAAAAACGCAGUGUAGAUUCAGAAAGGUCCAUAUUUUUCUACUGACUUCUUUAUAUUAUUUCAUUGGGUUCAUAAAGCAAGGAAAUGUAUUUAUAUUAAAAGAUUAAGAAAGCUAUUAGUGAAGUUUGUUAUAUUUGUACAUGAUUGCAGAUGAGUCUAUGCAGAUGAGUUCAUUAAAAUAAAACGCAGAUACUGUU